CUAAUACAUGUCGGUCAUUAUUUAAUAGAGAAACAGUGCAAGAAUUCGGAGUUGCCAUUUCGUGUUUUUUGUGGGCCACCAAUUGAAGGUAUACAAAAGUCAUUAUAUUAUACUAUAUUUGUCAUUGUCAAUUCAUUUUAAAAAUCAUUUUAAUAUGAGUACUUUAUGUCCCACUGUAUGUCCUCCAGGGGCAAAUGGGGGGGACCCUAGUAAAUGGAAGCCCCCAGACAAUUUGGAGGAUCUGCCUUUAGACUCUUUACCUGAGGUGGCAGGAUAUGAUGUAAUUUUAGGGGGUAUUUCUAUGAAUGCUACUGGGAGAUUUUAUAAUAUUAUUGGAGUUAGAUCUAAAGAUAUUCAACCAAAAUCAGAUAACCCGCAAUCUCCACCUCAAGAUAUUCAACCAAAAUCAGAAGACUCGCCAUGUCCACCUCAAGAUGUUCAACCAAAAUCAGAUAACUUGCAAUCUCCACCUCAAGAUAUUCAACCAAAAUCGGGUAACUCGCAAUCUCCACCUGAAGUUCAACCAAAAUCAGAUGACUCGCCAUGUCCACCUCAAGAUGCUCAAGCAAAAUCGGAUAACUUGCAAUCUCCGCCUGAAGUUGUUCAACCAAAAUCAGAUGACUCGCCAUGUCCACCUCAGGAUGUUCAACCUAAAUCAGAUAACUCGCAAUGUGCUGCCAAAUGAGGCCUACAAUGUCUGAAAAUAAAGUAUUAAAAAUGUAUUUUGUU